AUGGCCGGAGCGAUCGUGACGUCCCCGUUCGACGUGGUCAAGACGCGCCUGCAGUCCGACCUGUUCCGGAACGACACGUCGCAGAGCGCCCACCUCCUCGGCGCUGAGGCGCGGGCCGCCGACGCCGCGGCUGCCAAGAAGAUGUCCCCCCGCUCCGCGCUGAGCAGGACCAUGUACCAGUUUGUCGACACUGUGUACCUCAUCAAGCGGAUAGGUGUCGAUGAGGGCUGGCGCGCGCUGUACAAGGGUCUCGGGCCGAGUCUGGUCGGCAUCAUUCCUGCUCGAGCAAAGAGAAAAGAGCAAGCGCUGACGCUCAGUGCGAUCAACUUCUACUUCUAUCCGACGUCCAAGGCCUUCCUGGCGCGAACAUUCCCGAACGCCGGUGAGGACUCGCCGCUCGUGCACCUCGGUGCGGCGGUGAUUGCUGGCGUGUGCACUGCGACGGGCACGAACCCGAUCUGGGUGGUGAAGACGCGCCUGCAGCUGAGUGCGCGGAAACGCGCCGAGAGCGCGGCGGUACGUUCGGCGCAGAAGGCGGCGCACACUCCCUUGGCGCAGCGUGCGCCGGCCACGUCCGCCGUGGCGAUGACCGUGGACAUUGUGCGCAACGAGGGUAUUUCGGGGCUGUACCGCGGUCUCUCGGCCUCCUACCUCGGUGUCUCGGAGGGUGUGAUCCAGUGGGUGCUCUACGAGCGCUUCAAGAAGCUCGGACGGCAGGCGGCAGGCGACCUCGAGAAGCAGUCUUGGGCGAGCUAUGUUGGAACAGUUGUCGGCGCCUCGGGCGGCGCCAAGGCCGUCGCCUCCCUCAUCACGUACCCGCACGAAGUCAUCCGGACGCGCCUGCGUCAGCCCGCCGUCAACGGCGUCGUCAAGUACACGGGCCUGCUGCAGACGCUGAAGCUCAUCGUGAAGGAGGAGGGCGUCGCGAGCCUCUACUCUGGUCUCACGGCGCACAUGUUCCGCGUCGUGCCCAAUGCUGCGUGCAUGUUCCUCAUCUACGAGCUGGUCGCCAACAAGCUGGGCCAGUGA